AUGAAUCAAGGUGGUAAUGUUUCUCAACGUCCUAAAUCCAAAGACCCUGGGUGGAAGUACAACAAGUGGGCAUUUCCUAAUGACAAAAGUAAUCUGUCUAAAGAAAUAAAGGGGAAACGAGCUAAUGAUAUUGUUUUCACCCCUACUUUCUGGAACAAUAUCACUUUUAGUAUAAAAGUGAUGAGUCCAAUUGUGAAAGUGCUUCGCCUAGUUGAUAAUGAGAAGAAACCCGCAAUGGGUUACAUAUAUGUAGCCAUGGAAAGGGCUAAGCUUGCAAUUAAAGCUGCUUUAAACCAACAGCAAGACGAGUAUGAGAUUAUCUCGGACAUAAUAGACAAGCGGUGGAACUCUCAGCUUCACCAUCCGUUAUAUGCAGUGGGUUAUUACUUAAACCUGCAGUUCUACUGUUACAACAAGGAAAUUGAGGAUGACAAAGAAGUGGCAGCCGGUUUACAUGAAUGCAUCAGGCGGCUGGUCCCAGAAAAAGACACACAAGAUGCAAUAACGAUAGAGCUGCUUCAGUGGGUUAACCAAGCAGCUUUCUUUGGAUUAGAAGUUGCAAAAAGGCAACACAUGAAACUGCGUGGUGGAAGCUCUUUGGGAAAGAUCCAUUCCAAGAAAAGGAACAGACUUGAACACCAGAAGUUGCACGAUUUAGUGUAUGUCAAGUACAACACUACACUUAAGAAUUGUCGUGACAACCCUGAUGACUUUGAUAAAAUAUCACUAGAUGUCAUUGAUGAUAGCAAUGAGUGGCUAACGGGGAUAAUGGACGAGGAUCGUGUUCACAGCGAUGAAGAUAUAACUUGGACCAUGGUUGGAGAGGCGAGUGGGCCAGUGGGGCAGGAGAGUCCUCUAGAAUAA